AUGGUCAACACGCGCGCCGGAACCUUGAGAGAUGCUGUCAACAACACGCACCCGAUGGAUGGCAGCGAAGUGUCAAGCGUCUCCGACCUUAUGAAGCUCAAGGUCGUCGAGCUGCGAGGGCUCCUUCGGGAGAACAACAUUCCCAUCCCCCCGAAGGCAAAGAAAGUUGACCUCAUCGAGGUUUGCCAAGAGAACAGCAUCUUCAGCGUGCGACCAGACAAUCAACAGGCGGCUUGCACCACCUCCGAGACACAUGACGCUCAAGUCGACAGCAUUGCGGACCAGAUUGAAGUUCUCGACCUCGAAGGCAACAGGCAGUUGGACACGCUUGGAAAGACGAGCAACAUGAGCACAGACUCCCCAACGGAUUUGAAGGAGUCGGAUAGUGAGAACACUGAGCCCCGGCCUCUCGAACCAAUACCAUCGCAAUUCGACGACGUUUCCUAUCUGCAACCUGGAUUUCGGCCCUCCUCCCUCAAGGCCGCUAUGAUCCGCAAUAUCUUGUGUCGCCACAGCAUUCCCUACACUGGAACCGAGAACAAGGCCCAACUGGUGCGCAUGUUCAACGAACACGUCCAGCCCAGGGCAGCCUCGACACUGGUAGCCAUACAGAAGGUGGUCCGAUCGGACGAUGGUAUCGUCAACAAGGAGUAA